AUGUGGCAUAUUCCCGAAGAAAGCUUGUAUGUGAAAUGUAACGGGCGACUGGUUAAUGAUGAAGAUGUACUGCAGAAUGGAGCCGUUUAUAGUCUGGAGCCAAGACUUUGUGGUGGAAAAGGAGGGUUUGGAUCUAUGCUGCGAGCCCUUGGUGCUCAGAUUGAAAAGACAACAAAUAGAGAGGCUUGCCGAGAUCUCAGUGGAAGGAGACUUCGAGAUGUCAAUCACGAAAAAGCGAUGGCUGAAUGGGUGAAGCAGCAAGCAGAACGGGAAGCAGAAAAAGAGCAAAGGCGUUUGGAAAGGCUGCAGCGGAAACUUGCGGAGCCAAAGCACUUUUUCACAAAUCCGGACUACCAGCAGCAGUGUCAUGAAAUGGCUGAGCGACUAGAAGAUUCAGUACUUAAAGGAUUGCAGGCCACUUCAAGCAAAAUAGUGUCGCCGGAAAGUGGCAAUAGUCGGAAGCGUCCCGGUGAAUCUGGAAAGAAUGGAACAAAAUCUCAAAAAAGAAGAUGUUUUUGGCUGGGAUUGGAAGGGUUGGAUGAUCCUGACAGUUCGGAUUGCGAGGAUGACAGUGAAGAUGACUCCCCUCAUGCAUCUGACGGAAGUUGUCCGUCAGGCAGCAGAUACAAUGAAAAUCCUGGAAACUCGAAUGAAUGUUCAAGCAGCUCUCUGGAUUCGGUAGAAGAUAGUCCAGCUACCAGUGCAACUGAGAAACCACUGGAGCCACCAGAAGGUACUGGAAGAGAUCCGCAAGGAGAGACACACACAGGUGGGCAAACUGAAAUGCCAGCUGAAGAAAACAGUAAAAUGAAAAAGCCCUUGAAGGAAGAGGCCCAAGAAAACAAUGAAGUAACCCAAGCUCUGAAAGAAGAGGAGCAAGAAAAUGUUUCUUCUAAGGCACAGGAAACAAACCAGUUACAGAGCACAGAGGUGGAACCGAUAGACCUACUGGCAUUCAACUCUGCUGCUGAAAUGGAAGCCCUGGGUUUAGAUAAACUGAAGGCGGAAUUGAUGUCUUUAGGGCUGAAAUGUGGAGGCACUUUAAAGGAAAGAGCAGCAAGGCUUUUUUCAGUGAGAGGUCUGUCUAGAGACCAGAUCGAUCCUGCCUUAUUUGCAAAGCCCUCUAAAGGGAAAAAAAAGUGAUUUUCUUUUUUUUUUUUUUUUUUUAAAAACAUCAUUUUGUAUCUUUCUACUUUUAAAUUUUUCUUAUUCUGUACUGCCACAUAGAGUUCUUUGGCAUCCCUGGGUAGUCUUUUGUUUCUACUCUUUAGGAAUUUCUCUUAACGUAACAGAGUAAGUUGCUAGAUAGCGAGUUAGUUACGUGUUCAAAAUUAAAGGAGUGAAACUACGAUCGUUUGAUAAACUUUACAAAUAGUUAUAACGAGUCUUAAUCCAACAGGUAGAACAAACUCACUGUAUAUGGAAAGAAAGAACCUGAAUAUUUUCUGGAAAAUGGUUGUAUGACACUGUCAUCACCUAUCUUAAGAUAUCUUAAGAAAAAUAGCAAACCUUUCCUAGCUUUCUAUUGAAUCUCCUUUAAUGUGUAUUCCAGUUAGCACAGUUAAAACUGUCAAAUGAGAAACAUUGAACUUAUGAUCCAGGCUUAAAAGCUGAAGUUUCUUCAUAUAAAAAGAACAUUUUUAUAUGGAUGCUGUCUGUAUAAAUAAAUACGCUGUGCUGUGAGUUUCUGUGGGAUGUCAGGUAUCAGUAUGGUAUAAAAUAUUAAUGCGUGCAAGUAUUUCUUUUAGAAGAAGUUAAAUAAGGGUAUUUACUUACUUUGCUCUGGAAAAGUAUCCGAGUGAGGGAAAAGAGAGAAUCACAUCCUUAAGAAACUAAAAAGAAUAAAGUACACUUGCUG